AAGAUUUCGUAGAAGACUUAUAGACAUUCACGAAGUGGAAUACAUUCAACGAGGCGGGCCAGAGUAAUAUCAAAAAUAUAUCACUAAUUUGCAAACUUUGAUUCUCUAAUAGAAAAUUUUAUCUUGUUGUGUUAUAUAAGCUAUGAUAUGUCAGCUGUUGAAGUAAUUGACAACUUCAAAUCUGAAUUUAAAUAUUACAAACAGAAAGCUGUUACUCCUUCAUUCGAAAAUGUAAUAGAUUUCGAACACGUUUCGACCCUUGAUGGAAAAGUAUCAAAAGUUGAAUUACCAAACGCUUCUAGGACAUGGGAAAUAUAUUCUGUAAAUGAUGUUUCUGGGUUAUACUUUGCUAAAGGUAUAUUUUCUGAUGAGGAACAAAAGCACUGGGCAGAAAAAUGUGUCAAAGAUUUCACUGUAUCACCCUACUCUACCAAUUUAGACGCUUUUCAAAGUAAAGAAUCAAUCGACACUGCUUGGAGUGACAGUGUUGAAGCUUUCAAAUCUUGUAACGAAAAAAGAGAUUUUGAUUUCUUGAAAACGACACCAAUAUGGAAAAUUAGAUGGAGUACUAUUGGAUAUCACCAUAAUUGGAAUACAAGAAGAUAUGAAAGAGAAUCAAAAUCCGAUUUUCCUUCUGAACUCGCAAACAUUUGUUCAGAAGUAUUCGAUGCAUUGGGUUUCAAAAAUUACACCCCAGAAGCCGCAAUUAUAAACUAUUAUCACGUAGGGUCAACACUAUCGCCCCAUAAAGACAUAUCUGAGGCAGAUUUAACUAUACCAUUAUUUUCAAUAAGCCUUGGUUUGGAUGCCAUUUUCCUGAUAGGUGGUGAAGAAAAGGACGUCAAGCCAAUUCCUUUGCUUCUCAGGUCUGGCGAUGUUCUGAUUAUGAGUGGAAAAGCUCGCACAGCGUAUCAUGCUGUGCCACGUAUCAUGCCAUCGACCAGACUAAAGUUUGAAAAUGACGAUUUUCUUUCUUUUUACCUGCAAAAUGCUCGCAUCAAUAUUAAUAUUCGUCAAGUGGAAUCUGAAGAACAUGCUUUGCCAUAUUAACUCUUGUGCAUUCGGUGUUUAUUUUACUUGACAGCUUCCAUUCAAAAUAAAAAUAU